AUGUCGACAACUCCGGUGCGUGACAUCAUUUUCCGGUGUCUUUUCGACAUCCAAUCGAACAAUUCUCAUAAGCUUCAACAAAAUGCUCUACAAACCCUAGCUUCAAUCACCAAGGUCAGCCCCCAUAAUCGAAACAUGCUUGCUCAAACCGAUGGAGCCGUUGCCUUGAUUUUCAAGCUAGCUCUAACUGAGGCAACCGAGACACUCGCACUCUCGAUCCUAUUCAAUCUAUCUCUCAAUCCUAAUCUAAAGUCAACUUUAGCUUCUGAUGUCAAUACAAUCGCCAACCUCAAUUCCAUUGUCAUCUCCCCUUCCUCUCCCGACGCAGGAAAAAUAGCUGCAUCCCUUAUGUGUAGCUUGGCCAUGCUUGACAAGAACAAGGCCAUGUUUGGAACAGCGGGAACUGUUCAAAUGUUGGUCGAGGUCAUUUCUGGUCCUCGCUGCCCCGCUACACACCACCUCGUUAGUACCCUUGCUGAGCUCGUGCAGUUCCAUGGGAACAACACGCUGGCAGUUAGGUCAGGAGCAGUUCCAACUCUGCUAGGAGUGGUGGAGAGUCCUGACCAUGAGGACAUUGCAGGUAUAUCUAUUGGGAUUCUGGUUUCGCUAUCGAGGUUUCAAGAGGGGAUUGACGCACUGAGGAAGACUGAUCGAAUUGUGGGUACGAUGAUUGAGGUUUUGAAAGGGAAGUGUAUGAUGAGCAAGGAGGCAGCAACUGAGUUGCUUCUGAGACUAUUUGAGGAUGGCGUGGAGCGGUUGUGGGUCACACCUGAUCUUAUGUCUGUGUUGGCCGAUGUUUCUACAAGGGGAAUGGGGAGAGCUCGUCAAAAUGCAGGUUUAUUGAUGAGGAGACUAACUUCGUACUAG